AUGAUGAAUGCACCGAUAGUUUUUGAGAUGCUCCCAGAUAGCCGGCCUGCACCACGCUGGAGGCACACGUAUGCAGAUCAUGUCGCGAUGGUGGUUGACAAGAGAUCCGGGACCCAAUACGGAUACGCAAUAAUAAAGCACCCGUACUGGCAGAUGUACAGCAUCUUCUGCGACGAUGCAGAUGUCCGAGAUUCCCAGUGGAUAGCAGUUCAAGAACUGCUCUUGACCGUUAUCGAGCAAGGACGGAAGAAACACCCCGACCUGCUACCUUUGAUGGGAAGUAUUGAGACGCCCAAGUGGGUGCAGUUCUAUCGAGAGCUGGCUCCAGACGAUGAUGACAAAGACAGAGCCUAUGGCCUUUACCAGUACAACCUCGGAGGCAAGACGAGGUUCUUUAGAGACCAGGACGAGGACGAGCUGACACAGCUGUGGUAUAUAGCACCGGGCAUCGACUUUGGCUGGAGCUUCAAUUGA